UUUUUAUGUUUUUCGAAUCAACAAGAAAAAAAUAAAUGAAAAAACGAAUUGUGUUCUAGGGCUCCUGUCCCUCCCCGAAGGCUCGAAGUGGAAGGAUAAGAUUUGGGUUUGUGUUUGGGAGAUUAGCUUCAGUUUCAUCAGGAGCAGCGCCGAAAAGAUUACAAGCCCAAAUUGCCAAGCCCCAGUAGCUCAAAGCCCAUGAUAAAUAUAUGAUCCUAAUCUCAACAUGAUCCACCAAUCAUUCACUCCAAAGCAAACCCUAGCCGCACCCAGAGCACUCAACUUCUCUGUGUCUUCGGCAGCAAGCCGGAUAAUAAUCGUCGGCGAUCAUGGCGGCAUGAUAGAUAAUACUCUUCAGGCCACAAGAAGAUCAGUAAUAUUCCAUCAAUGCCUAAACCAGAUUUGAGGUAACAAUGGCAGGGGUGAUAGAAAAGUUCUUCAUUGCUUCGAUGUUUAUGUGGAUAGUUCCAGUUGCAAUCUUAUAUGGUUUUAACCACAACUUGUUCCCUGGUGUGACAGAUUUGUCCUCCUAUUCAACGACACUCCUGAGUGGAUUCCUUGCUGUCAUAUCAGUUAACAUAGUUAUUGCAUUCUACAUAUGUAUGGCAAUGAAGGAACCUACAGAUAAACAUGAACCUGAUCCGUCAUUUCUUGCUGAAGCCAAAGCUAGCAUAAGACACCCUUUACCAAAUGAAGCUGAAGAUCCUUCUGAGAGACGUGAGAAAGAGGAGUAGGAUAUUAGGGUGUGAGUUGAGCUUACGCGUCCUUGCUAAUGCUACAAAAAAUACCAAAUUGAAAUACGGGCAAAGCGCACUGCAAUAUAUUGAUGUCAUUUGCACAUUUCUUGGAAUUCUUGGAGUUGCAAGCUUCCCCUGUUUCUGUAAAUCCUUUUGAGGUUAAAGAAAUAGAUGAUUUUACCGUUAGCAAGGUAAAUUCCCGCGUUGCUGUUUUUCAUGUUGUUACAAGUUUUGUUGGAUUUGUGCAAAAGCUUAAGAAGUAAAAUGCAGUGUUAGGUUCACCACAUUCUACAAUUGAUAAGGUUGUUGGCUGUUGGAAUGAAUAUUAUUGCAUCCGAACCUUUUUGGCUUCUUAAAAUUUUGUUUCAAUUUUGUA